UACGAUGGCUUACAAAUUAUUCACAGUGAACCGUGCAUCGCAGGAUCAGAAUCAGUACACAUGUUCAAUCCAAAACAAUCUGUCGUCGGUCGAAUGCUGCACAAGAGCUAGGAAAACCGCCGACAUGACCGCUCGAAUCUUCUGACGUUGACGUCAAUUGCGUUAAUCGUUGCGAUCGAUCCAGUCGUAUCGCAUCACAUCGCGCUAGCAGUCCUAAUUUUUCCAAUCGCUCGUGUGUGUGCGCCUGGGUUAUUGAUUUACAUACACGCUCUGGACCACGCCAUUCAUAAUUUCGUUAGAAUCUCUCAGCUGAGGCACUUUCAAAUCGGAACAAAACAUAACUGUUCAAAUCAACGCUCUGCGGUAAACAAACGAUUCCAAACCACGGUGGGAUGAAAUGAUCGUUUGUUUUGUUGAGGAAUCUUCCGUCUUGUGUUUCGUUGAAAUGAUGCAACAUUUUAGUUGCUUUGCACCCACCGAGAGUUCGCGCGCGCUCUUGGCAAUCAAAAUCGCUGGCUGACCAGCUGUCUGUCUGUUUACCCAACACUUGUGGCCACAUACUUCAACACAUGUAUCAAUUACGCUUUUCAAUCGCGCACGGUGCCUGAGAACCUGAGAUCGCGGACCGCACCGCUUUGAGAAUCUCCUCCGAAGAAUAAAGUGCGCGUAUUAAAAUUGCUAGUGAGUGAUAACAGCUUUAGUGCCGCUCGUAUCAUAACAGCAUUCCGACGCGUUUCGCAACGCAGCGAGAACCGAGAACUGCUGGCUGGUGGCCGGGACCGCAAUCAUAAUGCAACCGCCGUUCUGCUUAUGACGACCAUCAGCGAGCCAAUAUUUAGUAUCUGCCACAGCGGAAUUUCACCGGAACGAGCGUCUGGUCAGCUCUGGACCAGAAGACGACAACGCGAGUGGCGUCUCGCCGCCGUUUGUGCGACACAUACUUCCUUCUUCGGCUCUUUAUCAGUGUGGUGUGUCUUAUCCAAACACCACAUUGCAGCGGAUCCUGAAAUAGCAAUAAUCGUGGAACCAAAUAAUCAUUAAACUCGAAUUACUACGGACCGGUGAACAGCCCCCCGUUCGUACGCGCUUGCUUCCCGCCGGCCUCGUAGGCGCUCUGUGCGAAGACGCGACUUUUCCUUGGUUUCGCGCCGCGUUCUGCGGCUUCGAUUCAGUUACGAUCGGAACUAAAGCGCGAUUAGUCUUUAAAUUUUCCCUCGCGACGUGUCGAUUGAAGAUUGGUUGUGUUUGGGUUCGUGGAAAAUUUUGUGCUGCUUGAGAGUGCCUAGGAAGGCAGGAAUCCUGUGAAUAUGAAACGUCCCACCAAGAAGACGCAAUCGUGAAAAGUGAUUAUUGAAUGUGUUGAAAGUGAGUGUCUUUGAAGCACAAUUUUUUGGUGGAAAAAAUGGGCGAAUCUGACUCGCAACAAGCGGACUACUGGUUUGCUUCCGGAAGUGGCGAUGGGCUGCCGAUGGACAGUUUGCUGUUCGAAGGGACGGAGAAUGAAUCCUCGGUGGUGGAUUGUUUUGUCCAGCGCCAAUCCGAGAAGCUACUGACGGACGUGGCUUGUCCAUCGUCCUUCGAUUCCAUAUCCUGCUGGCCACGAACACCACCGGGAACGUUGGCGAUUUUACCCUGUUUCUCGGAAUUCAAAGGAGUGCAAUACGACAGUUCACAAAAUGCCUCCCGGUAUUGCAACAUCGAUGGCACGUGGGACAACUACACGAACUACGAUGCGUGCCACCAUCUGCCCGAGCUAUCCGCCGUUUCGGAGUUCGAACCGGUCAUUGAACUGCCAACAUUAAUCUAUUUCGUAGGAUAUACCAUUAGUCUAGGGGCUCUGGUGCUCGCUGUCACCGUGCUGAUCUACUUUAAGGACUUACGAUGCCUCAGGAACACAAUUCAUGUCAAUCUUUUCUUGACUUACAUUAUGUCAUCCAGUUUAUGGAUUAUGAUACUCUCUCUACAGAUGACAACGAGGCAAGAAUUAGUCGGCUGUAUAUUUUUAGUCACGCUCUUUCAUUACUUCGCCACGACAAACUUCUUCUGGAUGCUGGUGGAAGGCAUGUUCCGAAUCAGUCUUUCUCUGACAAUCGUGUUCCGCCGAAGACAAAAGAGCUUAGACAACUGA